AUGCUUCGAGAAACGCUCAGUCAAGCCCGAGGUGGCCUGGAAAUGUCUGCGUUCCAACAGUUGCUGGCAGCUUGCGAGCCCGAGUUGCAAGCUGCCACAUCACGCGAGCAGUUUGAACCCUUGCUCACCAAACUAGCCACCUGCUUGCUGACCGAGUGUGAAAUUGUCACCCAGCGCGCCCGCUACCGCAUUAUUGAAGUCGAGGCCUACCUGCACUGCCCUAAUCAUGAAGACCCCUUUGUCCACGGUGCAGCUGACCAAUUGACCGCGUGUUGCUGGUACUUUCACAAGCAAAAGGAUACGUUCAAGGGUGGCACGUACAAGGGACUCGACUUGACCUUUGGCAGCGCUGAGGCCCAGCGCAAGGGCGGUUUUAUCAUUCGCUGCCUGCAGCAGACAGACAGCAAAGACUUCAUUGAAGGCCCGUGCCUUGUGGUUGAGCGGCUGCUGCGGGAUUAUGAUGAGCCAGACAUUGCCACUUACCUCCGACACCACUGUGGCUGGCGCUUUCGUAAGCCGCCACCCUCCGCGGUGACAAGCUCCAAUGACGGCUUCUUGUUGGUGAGCUGCCAACACGGCUCGCAGGACUCGGAGCGCAAGGCUAAGCGAGCCAAAGUCCAGGUCUUUGCCACGCCUCGCGUCGGGCUCACGCUCAAGCGGAGCACGCCGACCAGCUUGCACGGAGAAUACAUCAUGGCCAGCUAUCGCUACUGCACAGAGCCGCGGCUCAAGAAAGGCCGCACCCACACUGUAAUGGCACUACUCGCCACGGGCCACGAGGCCCGGGUAGUGGGUGCGCUUACAGGGGCGAACGCCACGCGCAUUCGCGCCCUGCAGCAAGUCCUCAACGGACCAGCUGCUACCGAAGAUCUCGCACAACUCACCGACUUUGCCACCAUGUUUCGACGCCUGCAUCACCCGCACUACCACAAGGACGCCCACAGCAGUUGCAGCGAUGAGCCUUCGGAUACUGAAGCCUCCCUCAACGGCAAUGAAGCCUGUUGA